AUGUCAUCAAGCUGCUUCUUGACAGGGGGGGCAGCCACCAAAGCUGGGGCUGAAGACGGAAGCACCCCACUGCAUUAUGCCGCGUUUGCUGGACAAGUCGAGACAUCUCGGCUGUUACUGGAGCACUUGGAAGAUGGCCUUGAUGCGCACGACCUUUAUGACCGCACUCCGCUUUUCUGGGCCUGUGCUAUGGGGCACGACGACGUUGUCGAGCUUUUGAUUUCACGUGGAAGCUCCGUGGAUGCCAUCGACCGCUACGCGGUCGAUAUUAACUCUAAAGAUGCUCUGGGUCGAACGGUGAUCUGGUGGGCGUCAAAUUCUGGAAAACGGCAGGUUGCCCAGGUUAUUCGCGAAAAGGCCGGGAUUUCCGAUGAUGAUGAUGAUGAUGAUGAUGAUGAUGAUGAUGAUGAUGAUGAUGAUGAUGAUGAUGAUGAGCUCAGCCUCAAGAUUAACGGGUUGGCGGUCACCGAAGAUUUCCAAGGGAAAUAUGAUUGGUUAUGUGAUGUUUGUACUCGGCCAUUCUCGGGAACCGAGUCGUCCUACCCGUGCGUCAAGUGUGCUAGGUUCACGGUUGAUGUCUGCGUGGAAUGCUUUCAUGCCGGUGCUCGUUGCUUGGAAUCGUCUCAUGAGUUGGCCCUCCAUCGGCGUGAUGCGUCAACCUGA